AUGGUAGAGGACUUAGCAGCCUCCUAUAUUGCUCUGAAAUUGGAGAAUAAAAUUUUGUAGGCCCAAGUGAAGUGGCUGAUGAAAGAAAAUGUUGCCCCACAGGCCCAGAUCUUAGAGCUCCAGAUGCCCCAAACAGUCAAGGAGUCUUGACCACUCCAGAAGACCUCAGAAUCCCAGGAACCCCAGAAACCUCUAGAAAACCUAGAUCUCCCUCAAGCCUGGAAGUACCAAGAACUCACAGAAGUUGAGGAUCCCCAGAAUCUCAGAAAGCCCCAGGGACUUCCAGCCUGGAAGCCCUCAGCAGCCCAGGAGCACCAGGAAAUGCCAAUGGUCCAAGAGACCUAGAAGUCCUUGGAACCCCCAGCAGCCCCAUAGGCCCUGGAGCUUCCAGCAAUCCAUGAGCCACAGGCACCUUCACUGGAGGCCCAGGAGCCCCCAGAUACUCAGGAUGCCCUGGUGCCCAAGAAGCCCCAGAAUUCAGAGCACCAGGAUCUUCCAAGUGCCCAGGAGACCCAGGAUGCAACAGAAUGCCAGGAGACCCCAACAAACCUGGAACACUAACUUCCAACUCUUCAGGAGUCUCUGGAAACUGGAAUGCCCCACCAGCCUCUGGAUCCUUUAGAUGCCCAGGACUUCCUAGAGCCCUCCCUGGAGGGCUUAAUAGUUGCUUUGACAUCAGCAGCUUCAGAGUUCCCACAGUCUCCCAGUGGGUUAGAGGGUGAAGCUGUCUUCCUAGAAUACUGUUUAGCCUUCAGUGGAGAUUACCAGAAACUUGCUGAGUUCCUGGUUCAAUUGAAUAGUUACAUGAGAGUCAGAGGGCACCUGUAUCCUACUGAAGCAACUGUGGUGAGCUUUGUUGGCAAUUGAUUCUCAGGUGAGGCAGGAAUGUGUUUUUAAGCCCUUACUAUAUAUCUAAAGUGUGCCCUGCUGGAGCAAUAUGAACGUUUCAUAGAAGUGUUCCAGGAUACUUUUGACAGUCCAGAAAACAUGGAAGAUGCUAGUCACUGCAUUCAUCAGCUUUGCCAAGGGGAGGGUCCUGUCCACCAGCAUGUGACCCACUUCCAUCUUGCUCAAGAACUAAACUGGAAUGAAAGCAUUCUCUGCAUCCAAUUUCAGGAAGGCCUUGCCAGUUCUGUCCCAGAUGAUCUGUCUUACACCAGCCCAGCAGCCACCAACCUAUCCGAUCUGAUCAUUCAGUGCCUAGAAGAGAAGCUAAGUGGCAAGCCUGAUCUAAAUCCACAAGGAGCAAGUCCCUAUGAGGAGAUAACUGGACCUGAGUGUUCACUAGCUGAAAACCAGCCUGUGCAGGCUGCAAGCAAUAACCCACAUCUCACUGAAGCUGAACACGCCCACUGCUGUGAAGGCCUCUUGUGCCUCUACUAUGGUCAUCCUGGUCAUUUUGACAGAGAUUGUUCUGUCAAGCCUCAUCGUGCAUAGUAGGUGGGAAACAUCAAGACCCUACAGUAA